UCAUGGGAUGUUAAACCGGCGAUAUAUUUUUAUUUAAAUUCAUACUUAAAUCUCUGAUUGCAUUUGUUUAUAAAUAUUUACUGGUAUAAAUUCAAUGGGUUCAAUAAUCAAGUGAUAUUUAAUUUUAAAACUCUGAACUUGGUGUUGCACAACAGUCCUUAUCUUUGCACGAACUUAGAUUCUAGGAUCGUGGUUGAAACCCGAGAUGUCGGGCCACGGUUCUGAUGAGGAAGAGAAGCCUUGUCGGGCGUGUUCUGAUUUUAAAUCGUGGGCCAAGUCGCAGAAGCCCCCGAAACCUGGUGCCCCGAAAAAGGAUUCUCCUACCAAGCCUACCCGGAAGGACUGCCCGUUAGACAAGGAAGAGCUUGGGCAGGCGACAUGGGGCUUCCUACACUCCAUGGCCUCCUACUACCCGGAGAAACCCACAAAGGCUCAGGCCAAAUCCAUGACACAGUUCUUUAAUAUAUUUUCCCAAUUUUAUCCUUGUGAGCCAUGUGCAUUAGACUUUAGAGAAGAUUUAAAAGAAAACCCUCCACAGACAGAAUCAAGAAACGCACUAGCACAAUGGCUGUGCGAGCGACACAAUACAGUGAACGAGAAACUUGGUAAACCAGAAUUUGACUGCAGCAAAGUGCAUGAGAGGUGGAAAGAUGGCUGGCUUGAUGGCUCCUGUGACGGUUAAAGCCCAUACCUAGAAAUUGUUGUUAUUCUGAAGAUAAACAAUACCUC